AAGAACACUAUAGAGCCAAUGCUUUGCUCUACUUACCCACAAUGCACCAGAGCUUUAUAAAAUCCCACAACAAAGAGCCCUGGACAAUGAGUGAAACCACUUCUUUGGCUGAAUUUUGUCAGUAUUUAUUCUGAGGAGGAACAGAAAUCACAUCUGAGAAAAGGUCUUGUUUUGUGAGGCUGAGGCAUAUUGAGAGUGGGAGUGUGUUUUCCAAGUGUGUGUACCGGUGUGAAAACCUACUGCAUAUCCUCUGCUAUGGCAUCGCUGACAUCUUCCAGCCGCAGAUCCUCAUCCUACCGCUCAUCAUCAUGUUACAGCACCUGCAGUUCCUAUCGGUCAGAGGGCUCACUGGGUGGAUCGUCUGAUUCCCUGGAUCCCCUUUUUGAGCCUUUUCUUGAUUCAGCUGAUAGUUCCAGCCUGUUUGGAGAAGAGGGCCCUGGUGGCUCCAGCUGUUUGUCUCCCUUCAGCAGGCACAGCAGAUCUUCAUAUGGACACAGUGCUCCUGUAGGCGGCGCUGUGACAAACCGGCAGAGCAGUACAGGCGGUGGGGUGCGACAUCUGGGAGACAGCUACUACAUGUCAGCUGAUGUCAGCCAGUUUGAGCCACAUGACAUUGUGGUGAUAGCCUACAACCACCACGUUGUCAUUCACGCCCAGAAGGUACUUGACGAUGGAAGUGUGAGUGACACAUUUACCCAUAAGUCCCUGUUCCCAGAGGACAUGGACCCACUGUCAGUCAGUGGGACCUUUAACCCUGAUGGUACCGUGGUGGUGAGUGUUCGCCGGACCACAACGCCAGGUGUGCUGGAGCCACUGGGUGUCCCCACCUACUGCAGCGAAGCUCACCUUUGACCUCUGGCUUCACAGUGCUUCUCCUGGAAUCUCACCUACCACUAUUUUA